ACAUAGGCAUAUAUAGAGGCGCAGAGUGGUGGAGAAGAGGCAGCACUGUACAUAUAAAUGGCGGUCACUUGUCAGAUGGUCAGGUGAAAGAUUGCAGUUUCUUCGUGCCCAUGGCAGCAUUACUCAUGCUGUAGUUUGCUCGGAAUCCUCUACUUUUCCUUUUUCUCUGUUUGCUUUUACAUUAUAUACUACCUAGAACCUUUUUCCUGCCGCUCCAUUAGAGGACACACCUUGUCGGACUUGUGUAUUAUAUUCUAUUUCACAGGUUGUGGUUUGUGUUUUCGUUUUGAUUCUCAAUUAGUUUCAGAAUUUGUGGUCUGAGAUUGAUCGCAGACCGCUAUGGAGUCGAGCGAUGGCAAGUAUUUGACCAAAGAUAGUGAUGAGGGCUUUUCGAGAUAUAGCCAUGGCUCGGCAAAUUUAUCGCCUCCUCAGUUCCCCAAGGCUGGUGAAUGGAGUGAGAUUGUUGUUGUGGAACCGCCUGGCUAUCUGCAAAGAGAAAGGAAAGAUCUCCUUGUGAAGAUACCCACUGAGGGAUCCAUGGAUGAUUCUGUGACUAUAAACAUGCCUCCUUCUCCAAUUCCAACUCCAAAACGAGUGAGCUUUUCGCCAUUGCCAAGCCCUAAUCAUAUAAGAAUCAGUGGAUCUCCAGGUCCAUCAUCAAAGGGGAAACCAUCUGUGAAAAGCUUCCUCCCCAAACUGAGCUUCAAGUUUCGGAACAAUGAUGCGGAGAUAGAAAGAGCUGCCAUGCUAGCACUUGGAGCUUCCCCCGAAAUGCGAGGGAAGGCAUCAAUGUCGAGAACUUUCUCACUUUCUAAGAUUUUCAACCCCAAAGUGAAGAAGGCUUCGUCAUUACCACCUUCUCCUAUUUUGCAUUCGAAUCCAGAGUCUACUCAUGGAGGAGUUAUGGUCGGAACGGCUGAUGCAUCGUUAGGUGGGCACAAGCUAUCCAUGCAUCGCUCGCUGUCAGUGCCUGACUUGAAUAAACAAGGAAGCACAAAACAGAUGGAAUACUUGGGCAAUAUUUUCCGUGUUGCUCCAAGGAAGACAGAGUGGAUUUGUCCGACAUCAGUGCCCAAUGCACCAGUUGAUGCAGAUCGAAAUAACAAUCAUACGGAUAUACCUGAAGAAGAAGCAGUCUGUAGAAUCUGCUUGGUCGAACUCGGCGAGGGCACAGACACCCUUAAGAUGGAAUGCAACUGUAAAGGCGAACUUGCCCUUGCCCACCAACAAUGCGCCAUUAAAUGGUUUAGCAUAAAAGGCAACAAGAACUGUGAUGUGUGCAAGCAAGAGGUUAAAAAUUUACCUGUCACACUUUUGCGGAUCCAAAGUAGUCAAUCUCGAAUGCCUGGAACUCUCCCACAAAAUAUAGUUCAAUACAGCUCUAUAUACAGGGUUUGGCAGGACGUACCCGUCCUCGUCAUUGUGAGCAUGUUGGCAUAUUUUUGUUUCCUGGAGCAACUUCUGGUCAUGAAAAUGGGAUCCAGUGCUAUUGCUAUAUCUUUGCCUUUUGCCUGCAUAUUAGGCCUUCUUGCAUCGAUGACAUCAACUACCAUGGUAAGGAGGAAAUAUGCAUGGAUAUACGCUACUAUCCAAUUCGGGAUGGUUGUUGUAUUCGCCCAUGUUUUUUACUCGCUGCUUCACGUGCAAGCGGUUCUCUCAGUUCUUCUCGCAACAUUUGCUGGUUUUGGAGGUGCAAUGUGUGGAACUUCGAUCUUCUUCGAGAUACUCAAGUUUAGGAGAGCACGAGCUCGCCAGAUGCCUCCCCCUGUUGAUCCUGCACAGCCAUCAAACCAAGCUCCAGAGACAGGUAAUCCCGAUCAUACCGAUUUGCAACUCCCCCAUCAAAAUGAACAGCAGAAUCAUCCGAACGACGACCACCGGGUCGCCGCAGCAUGAAUAAAAUUUUGGUAUUUGUAUAGAGUUUUGGCCACUGCCCUUUGUUACUUGAGUUGAGAGCCAGUCUUGCCUGUACAGUGAAGACCGGACAGUACAAACCAAAAUUUGAAAAUAAACACUGAAUUCUGUCGUAAGCAAAAUGACAUUGGAUGUAUUCAUUCUUCAUUUUUGUCAUUUAUAUGCACUUGAAAGAACAUGACAACAUAUUCUUCUUCAUUUGAAAAAUAGAAAGCAAGAAAACAAUUAUUUCUAUUAGCUAUCUUUCUCGUACUUUACAAAGGGGCUGAGCAAUCUAUUUGAAUCUCACCAAAGACCUUUAGGUUGUGUACAAUGUGACCUGCUAAACAACCUUUCGGCACGCAUUUAACGUCGCAUCGAUCCCGCAGUUGCUCGCUGUGGGAUUUCAGUAGAAACCGGCGCAAACAGCAGCAUCGACACCAAGUCUUGUCCCGACAAGGAACUACAAUCUGGGUUACUCGAUGGGCUAUCGGAGAAACCCGGCCGUGUCCAAAUUUUUAUGUGACCCUCACGGCAAGCAGUGAGAAUAGAUUCCGGAGUGAAUAUCAAA